AAAUCGGAUUGUCCUGUGGAACCUUUAAGCGCUCGUGUGAGCGGGGAGCUAAUUGUGUGAUGCACACGUGUUACGUGUGUUUCUUUCCGUGUUUUGUAAUGAGCAGCGGUGAAUGGCAAAGGACUCUUCUUCUUCUUCUUCGAAGGUGAGCCGGACCCCCCCAGCAUGCUGCUCCCCGUCCUGCUGCGUCCGUCCCGCUGCUGCGCUCGGGUCUCUGGGAUUUUGACACAGUGCGUCCGGACACCGUCCUCCCCGGCCGGGCACUUCCUGCUCCGCCCGCACAGCCGGGGCCUCAAGGGUGGAGGCAGGAAGUCCCAGAGCCAGGAGGAGAGGUGGAGGAGCAGGAACAAGACGGUGCUGACGUACAUCGCCGCGGCUGGCGUGGGGAUGAUUGGCCUGACGUACGCCUCCGUGCCGCUGUACCGCCUCUACUGCCAAGCGUCCGGCCUCGGCGGCGCAGCGGUGGCGGGGCACGACACGGAGCAGGUGGAGACGAUGGAGCCGGUGAAGGGACGCGUGCUGAAGAUCUCCUUCAAUGCCGACACCCACGCCAGCAUGCAGUGGAACUUCAGACCGCAGCAGAGCGAGAUCUUCGUGGUCCCGGGUGAGACGGCGCUGGCGUUCUACCGAGCAAAGAACCCCACCAACAAACCCAUCAUUGGCAUCUCCACCUACAACGUGGUGCCCUUCGAUGCGGGCCAGUACUUCAACAAGAUCCAGUGUUUCUGCUUCGAGGAGCAGCGCCUGAACCCCCACGAGGAGGUGGACAUGCCCGUCUUCUUCUACAUUGACCCGGAGUUCGACGAGGACCCGCGGAUGGCCCGCGUGGACACCAUCACGCUGUCCUACACCUUCUUCGAGGCCAAGGAGGGCCAGAAGCUCCCUCUGCCCGGGUACAGCUACAACUGAGGCUUCUGGUUCAAGUCAGAGACUCCCGUCUUUGAUCAGAAAAACAUGGACUUUUACUCUGAAAAUCUAAACAGGAAAACGUUUUGUGUGGAAAUUUUGAGUUUCAGGAAAAAAGGCGAAACCUAUUUUUUUAUUGCAGGAUUCAUGAAUAAGCAUCUUAUUGUAAUUAUAAUUACUACUGUUAUUCAUAUUAAUAUAUGAUAGAUUUGUGUUUAUUAAACUAGUGAUAACUUUGAAGCAGACUCCCUUUCUUCUUUCUCAGAGCAUCAGAUUAGUUUAUUUCUCCAGAACUCUAUAAAGCAGCUUCUGGAAAACCUUCUGACUCCAGCACAUGAAUCUCACAUGAUAUUUAAGUAAACGUCCUGCUGAGGUUUCAUUUUUCUAAGAAGAGAAAACGAUCGAUGCGUUUUGAACUUUAACUCAAUCUCUUGUUUGACAAACAAAACCUGAGACGUUGAGCUGCAAACUCGUUCUGUCUGAGAGACUCUAUGUAUGUACACGCAUUGAUGAGACUACAUACGCGCAGCAUGACUACUGCAGAUGAUUGAUCAAUAAAGGGCUUCUCUGUGCA